AUGCUGCGGAUGGCGUCUUUCACAGUUCCCAAGGGAGCUCCAUGGCUUCUCUUGUCUCUGGUGGUCACCGCCCUUGCACAUGGUGACGAAAAACACGGGCACGGCGGGAUGGGCAUGGGCAUGGGCAUGGGCAUGGGCCAUGGUGGGAAGGAAGGCGGUAAAAAUAACAACAGCAGCAGCACAUCUACCUCAUACGACAGCUCCAAGAUCAUGAGCUACUUUGCAUAUGGGAAACACUCAAGCACCAUAGCAGCUCACAUCGCUCUCAUGGUCAUAGCCUGGUUCUUCAUUCUGCCAAUUGGUGUCAUGUUUAGCAUCGCUCGAUCGCGGCUUGCCUUGCCCACGGAAUUUAUCUUCUUCAUCGUAAAUGCCUUCGGGAUACUACUAGCAGUGGUGUAUAACAGUCAAACGCCCAAUCUGUACGAUAACAACGUCCAUCACAAGAUUGGCUGGAUUGCGACUUGGGUUAUGUUUGCGGAGCUUAUCAUGGGCCUCUUAUUUGCGUAUUCCAGUCGUCGUCGUGGGGACGACACGCACCGUGGACCUUCUUUCGAACGAGUUGCUUUUAUCCCCGUCUCAACAACGGAACCACAGAGCGAGACAUACCCAAGCAGGCCUAUGCAUCAGUACCGCUGGUCCCGUGACAGCGGCCAGGGUACUGAAAGGAAUUACUCCUCGCACAGCCAGAGCUCGUCACUAGAACGAGGGCGCCAGCUGUCACGGCCGAGCGAUAGCUGCGACUACCUUGAGGAGAAGCCGGAUGAUGGUGGAGCGGAUGGUGGAGCUCCCGCAGCAGGUCGAUUCUUCCAACCCCCCUUGUUGGGUAAAUUCCUCUCAAUGCGGCUUUCUGGGCUUCUUCCCAAACGCGCACUUGACGUCAUAAGUAUUCUUCACGUCAUCAUCGAGAGAACCAUAUUGAUUAUUGGUUUUAUCGCGAUAUCAUCCGGAGCUGUGGUCUAUGGGGGUAUUUUCCGUGGUUCCAACAUCUUCAAUGGGCUUGCGCAUUUCAUCAAGGGUGGAAUCUUUUUCUGGUACGGGUUGCUCACCCUGGGUAGAUGGAUGGGAUGUUUCGCGGAUGUUGGCUGGGCAUGGAAUGUCAGGCCAUCACGUGCCACGGUAGGGGCAUGGCGGGCCCGAGUCCCUUCAGGGGAAUUUACAGAGUCCUUUGUAAUCUUCCUCUACGGCGCGAGCAACGUCUUUCUCGAACAUUUGGCAGCUUGGGGUGAUGCAUGGGUUGCUCAGGAUUUGGAACAUGUGUCAAUCUCCAUCAUGUUUUUGGGCGGCGGUUUGUGCGGCAUGUUGGUUGAGUCAAAACGGGUUCGAGAAUGGAUGAAUGCAACCAUUUUCCCUGCUACUGCCCACCUAGAGAGGUUGCCGGCAGAAGCUGUGGAGGUGCCAGUGUCACAGCGAGUGCCCCUCAACCCAAUUCCGGGUCUGGUCAUCCUGCUCCUAGGGAUGAUGAUGAGCUCCCACCAUCAGAACAGUAUGGUGUCGGCUAUGGUGCAUAAACAAUGGGGAAUGCUCCUCGUCGGAUUCUCUCUGGCUAGAGCUGUAACUUACCUCAUCCUCUGCCUCAGACCACCCACCUCGUUGCUGCCAUAUCGACCACCCUCGGAACUCAUUGCAUCCUUCUGCCUUAUUUCUGGAGGUCUGAUUUUCAUGUUAAGCACGAGAAACGUCGUCGAAGCUAUGGAAUAUUUCAAUCUCAACGCCAUGUUUGUAUUCACUGUCGGCAUGGGAUUUACAUGUCUUGUCAUGGCGUGGGAAAUCCUCUGCAUUUCUCUCAAGGCAUGGGCUACUAAGAAAACAGCCCUUGUCUCCGCUGAAAGGUAUCGGUUUCCUGCUUAA